AUGAAGAUCGUUCUCCUUUCUACCCUGUGUGCGGCGACGUUUGCCAGCGCCAAAUAUGUGUGGCCUUCAGAUUUUGACAAGAUCGAGGACAUGUACUACCUCAACGAUGGUUACAUUCGUGAUGGCACGCUUUCGGAUGUGAUUCUCAACUGCGGCUUCAGCGCUUUCCAACCAGGUGUCCAAAAGGCAGCACAAUGGUUGAGGACGCCGUUCCACGACAUGAUCACUUACGACGCUGCUACCAAGACGGGUGGACUAGAUGCCUCCCUUCAGUUUGAACUUGGUCGUUUUGAAAACUUCGGCCUUGCUCUCAACCAAACAUUUGGAGACAUUCAGAGCUCAUACAACACGCGCACAAGCGCAAGUGAUCUUCUCGCGCUGGCCAUGGUCAUGGCUGUGGAAAGAUGUAGCCGCUUGGAAAUACCCCUCCGACUCGGGCGGAUCGAUGCUACCAGCGCCGGCCCUUCAGGCGUCCCAGAAGCGAAUACCGAUCGGAAGGAAAUGACCAGGAUCUUCACCAAAGCAGACAUGAGUCAAGAGGACAUGAUCAAGAUUGUGGCUUGCGGACAUUCAAUCGGAGGCGUCCACCGAGAUGAGAGUCCUCACAACAUCAACACUGGCCCCGACGAUCACAGCAAUAGAGUAACCUUCGAUACAACGCCCAGUGAAUACGACAAUGUUGUUGUCCUUCAGUAUCUCAAUGACACCACCAAGAAUCCUCUGGUCAAGGCUGUCGAUGACCGAUACAAUUCCGACAAGCGUAUUUACAGCUCUGACGGCAACGUCACUAUGAACAAGCUCUCGGACCCGUCUUACUUCCUGAGCAGCUGCAAGUCCAUCCUACAGCGCAUGAUCGACACCGUGCCGGCAAAGGUCGUCCUCACAGACCCGCUCACACCCACCGACAUCAAACCAUACAUUCAAACCUACCAACGAGCCGGCAACAAGACAGAAUUCACCGGCCGCAUCCGAGUCCGCACGACCGCAUCGACUGGCCGCGACGGCUCCAGCUUAAAUGUUACACUGCUCCCCAAGGGCCGCAAAGGCGAGACUCUCCAGCGCAUCGGCACCCAAAUCGGAAUGGGCGGAGGUCAGUCCUAUGGACCCCAGAACGAGCAAUUCACCUGGUACGAGUUCAACGCGAAUCCAUCUACCGAAAUCAAAUCCUUCACCAUUGAAAUCAAGUCCAGAAACAGCGGCUCUCCCACCAUCUACGACAACGCCGGAACUGGCGGCUAUCCGCUCAACCCAGACAUCCUCUGGCAAACCAGCUCAACCUGCGCGACCUACGACUCAACAAGCCAGAAGGGAACCAUCCAGGUAGUGGCCGCAGUCCGUCGAUCGCUCGUCAAACCCAGCAUUAAGCCCAUGAUGGUCAUCACCCGUCGCGACACGGUGACCGAUUCCGUUCUGCCGAAACUCUCGCUGCAAAAUGCCACGAUGCGGAGGAUCCGGGCUCAGAGCGGCGAAUUUGAUUAUUACACGACAAAUGUGACCUUGCCUGGCGCAACAGUCUUUAACACGCACUUUGACCUCGCGGUGGGUAACUCCAAGGUUGAGUUCAUCAAUACUUUGCCAUUGGGAGAUAGCACUUGCGCUCUGCCUCGGUAA